AUGGACAUCAAGUUUUGCAAGACCAACCUCCUCAUUGAGCACAAGGAGUUGGAUGGGAGGUUCCAAUUCAAGUUCACACAUCCAUUGGCUGGCCUCCAAGCUUCUCCUGCCCAACCCAGAGCUCACCACAGUAGUAGGGGUGAGAACAUUGACUUCAGACCCCCUGUGUACACAUUAGUUGGGCAUGAGGAUGAUUGCGAGAAGAGGAGCCUGAGCUCGAUCGAGCUGAGGAUCGAAGUCAGGAGAAUGAAUUUGGAGGAUUGGACUUCUCCAAAAGUUCAACAAGUGGCAAGGGAAAGCCAUGAGAAGAUGCAAAAGUCCAUGGACAAGAUGGUGAGCAAGAUCAAGAGUUUGGAGAAGAAGGUUUCUGGUUCUUUCAAGAAGAAGAAGUCCAAGGCCCCCACAUUCCCUAGGAGUAGAUCACUCCUCACCACUCCAAGGAGGCUCCUGCCCAAGAGCCUCUCACAGAGAGAAGGAGGAAGAGUUCCAAGGCCAGACGCUCCAGCUCGACCACCGGACUCGAUCGAGUCCAAACAGAGGAAACUCAACUCGAUCGAGCUGAGGUCGAGUCGAGCUGAGGAGCAGUUUGAGAACCCUGGAUUUGAGUACGAUCCCACCUUACCAGGACUUCCCAGAGAUGGACCCCUACAGUUCGAGCAGCCAGCUCCACCAAGGCCAAGGAGCCACACACUUUGA